AUGGCCUCACUAUCCACUCUCGCUGAAGACAUCAUGCAUGGCAUAUGCGAAUACCUCACGCCCCGCGACAUUUUCCAACUCACCCUCACUCAAAAACGCUUUGCAACGUCAUUUGAGCGAAGUCUCCUGCUGCACCGCGAUUUAGCAUCGCAAACAUACACCGCGAUGCUAGCAGCCAUUAUCAGAAAUGAAGUAGACCGGGUCGAGGAACUCUUAAAACUCGGCUACGAAGCUAAGUUUGCCUGUUCAAGGUCUGUGCUUGCCUGCCCGGCCGACUUUGACUUCCCAGUCGACAAUCUGAUGCUUCAAGCGCCGUCAAACGUUGCCAUUAGAAGGCAGUGUCUGGCUGCGCUCCUGAUUGAGCGACUGUACCGUCCCGCGUGCGAUACGCACAAGAUCUGGAUAAACUACUCCGUCCUGGCCCACGCCAUCUUGGAAGACCAGGUCGAAACCGUCAAACUCCUUCACAAGUACGGCGCAGAUUUGGAAAAGCCGCUGCUGCAGGUCUUUGCGUUCCGUGGCAUGCCAGUGGAUGUUAAUCACCAAAUCAGUGUCCUGCACCUGGCGAGCAGCAGUGCCAUGAUCGAGACACUCUUAGAGCUUGCCCCGAACAUUCCCAUCGACAAGGACAGAUUCAUGCACACAGAACCGUUGCUUCUCUGGCAUGUCGAGAGAGGCACAGAUGUCAGAGGCCUCCGGCGACUGUUGGAAGCUGGCGCUCAUGUCGACGGGGCACGUCCGGCGACACAGCGAAUCGGCUUUUGCCAGUGCGAACAGGAGGACACCAUGCACGUCUUUCUAGAUCACAAAUCACCGCUCGAGGCCGCCAUAUGGAACCUGGACCGGGAUGCCGUUGAGCUUUUGCUAAAACACGGGGCGUCGACGGUGUACCCGCCCAACGACGGAGGCGAAGUGACUUGUUUACAGGAAGCGAUGAGAAUUUUCCUCAUGGAGCACAAGCCGGAGGAUCUAGAGGUCAGCUUGCAGAUAUUUCGCCUCCUGAUUGACCACGGGUUCGACGUCAACCGCGAAUACACUGAGUGGGCGGAGUGGACACCUGAGGGUACGCGCCUCCGGCCAACAAGAACCAGAAUCAACCUGGUAGUGGACAGCCUUAUCUACUACGUAUCUGCCGAGAUGUUCCAGCUUCUCCUCGACGCCGGAGCAGAUCCAUUCAACGAGCCGGGUCUGGGGGCAGGAGACAAAAGCUACGUCGUCAUCCUCGGCUUGUCAUCGUCGGUAGCGAGAUUGUAUCCCACUGAUAUGACCGAGCCCGAAAGGCUGUCCCUACAGGGCGCAAAGCUGAAAGCACUAAUCGCCAAGAGAGCAGAGUCAGAUCCCAGCGGCCGCGACCGCACGUUGUUAUUCAGGGCUGCGAUGGAAAUUUCCCGACCAUGGGAACUCCAUCAGGCGUUCAAAGUUCUUCAGAAUGUUUUUGGAUCGUUCGAAGAGGAGCUUAGUCUCCUCGCAGACACCAUGGGCCGAGUGAAAAGGAUGCCAGGAGUCCUUCACGAGAGCCGACAGAUGAUUGACUUUCUCAUCCGCUGCGGAGCCCCCGUCAAUCACCCCAAUUCCGAGGGGGAGACGCCUUUACACGUCGCCUAUACGCUCUCAAUAGCAAGUCCUUUGCCCAUCGGCGAAACGGACGACCUCCUGGCGUGGGACGUUGACGAGGAGCAGGGAUUUAUGGUAGGCUGGGCUGUUGGAACCAAUUACUUCUUUGGCAAAAAAACUAUCAAUGGCAUCUUCAGCACGACAAUCAGUGGUCCGGCGGAGGCAGAGAAGCGGGUACGAAAUGCGAACGCAAUUUUCGACGCCUUGAUCCAGGCCGGGGCGGCUCAGAAUUUGCUGAAUGGGAAGGGGGAGACGGCAGCGAUGGUGAUGGCUCAGCAUGGAUGGAUUCAGCUACCGCCUUCGCCUGGUCCCGAUUCAGAUCGUCUCGCUGGAGAUGAAAUGAAGUCGGAUUCGGCGCAGAUGGAUGAUGUUGUGGCGAAUGCCUUUGGGAUCUGGAAGCAGUUUCAGCAACUUGCAUUGGGGGAGGCGGGUUCCAGUUAG